CUCCGUUGUACUUAUACUUAUUACUUAAAUUGUACUAAUGAUGGCUGGUUGGACAUUUUUAUUAGGGAUACUCGUGUCAUUGCAGGUUGCGCAGGAUGGCGUUCAUUCGUGUACACUGCGAAGUCACAAGGCUCCAGGUCUACAGCCAGUGUGUUCCACUCCAGGUGCCGCCGAUCCGACUCCAGCGAUCCCACGCCGCACGCCGACCUCGUGUGCAACACCGACACACGGACGGCAAUACCCCGACGCGUUAAAUAAAAUUCCAAGUAUUUCACCCGUUUCGUUUAAGUCUUCAAUAUCAAAUCCAGUUCCUGCUGCYGCACUUCCGCCGGUCUCAGUACCGCAUUAUUUAUCGCCCGUCUCGGCGAGCACUUCCGGUAACGACCAAAUUCUUAUCGAUCUCUUGCUCGAGUAUUUCACUAAACUGAAACCGGCACACCGGUUACCGUUACCGCCGUUGAGCUCGUCAUCUCGUAGUUUCACGCCUGCAAGUUUGCCUGUGCCAUCAUUAACGCCUACUCCUUAUCCUGCAACGUCUAACCCGCAGAUUAGCACGGCUSAACUACAACAGUUCCUUUCACUUUUGUUGUCUGUUUCAGGACCCGGCUCCGAUUUAUUAAAUCCCGCAGUCCCCUCAGACCGUUUACUCCCAUCUUUGUCGCCUGCUCCACCGGCACUCAUCACUACUCCACCCCCUGCCGUCGCCACCGUAUCCGAAAACGCUAUACUCCAAGCAGCGGCAGCGUCAGCAGCGAAAACGGAAACAACCGAAAAAGUGGCCGCCAACGAGUCGAAAUCGACAUAUGCAACAGAAACUGCAGCACCGUCCACGCCGCCGAGCCCAUCUCCGGCCACAAACCCCGCGGACAGCGUAAUCGCAAGCGAUGCAGUCCUAACAUCGGAUCCCGGUUCUGCCAACGUACCUGCUUCGGCUCCUAUUAACACAUUAGACUCUACUUUCGUCGCGCCGGAAGCUUCCGGUUCCGCGUUAGGAGCGAUCUCGGCGCCAGUAUCGAACACCGUACCCGCCGCAGAUACCGCCUCCGCGUCAACUUCCGACGUCGUGCCAUCUGCACAACCUCCGUCGGGCAUUACGACGACGCCAAGCAUAGUAUAAAUUCCAGCAGUCCAUGACAGUUAACGUGUUUCCCGUCUGUGGUCUAUACAUACACCUUGUGGUACUGUUUCAAUUAUCGUAUGUAUAUAUAUAAUAUGUAGUAUAGUUUUUACACUUAAUAUAUUAUAGUUUAGUACAAGUUAUCGACCAAAAUGUUAUGUAGUUAUUUUAUAAAUUAUAUGAUUUUUGCGUUAUACAUAAUAAAAUAGCAUAGCAUGGUCAUAGUGAUAACUCACUGAUAACUCACUGAUAAUCAUAUUAUUAUACCAUGUCUUUUAAAUAGUUUUUAUUUUUAAAUAUUGAGUGACAUUGAAGUUAUAUUAUUUAUAAGUAAUUAAUUUUAUCGUGAGUAUGAUAUUUACUCAUCCAGAGUACCAAGA